CAUCUCCUUUCUCCUCGCAGCUGCCGGAGGAGCGGAGAUGGACGCCCCCCGCGAGGACGAUGUCGUGCUUUUGGAGGAUGAGAAGUUUGACUUUGACCUCUCGCUGUCGUCAACAAGUGCCAACGAGGAAGAGGACGAGGUGUUCUUCGGGCCGGUGGGGCACAGAGAGCGAUGCCUGGCGGCCAGCGUGGAGCUGAGGCUGCAGCCGCCUGAGCAGCCCGCCCCGCCGCGGCCCUCGCCCUCGCCCCGAGGCCCUUGGCCCUGGUGCCCGCUGACGGGGGACGCCUUCGUGGAGGUGUACAAGGAGGCCCACUUGCUGGCCCUGCAGAUCGAAAGUGCCCGCAAGGCCGCCUCGGCCCUCCCUGCGCAGCCCCCCGGCCAGGCCGGGGAGCACUUUGUGCAGGAGCCUGAGGCCAAGAUCAGCCUCUUCGAGCGGGAGGAGGAGGCCAGGAGGAGCCCCCAGGCGCUGAAGCGGGAGACGUUCUGCGUGUCGGACAGGACGGACCCCGCACCCCUACCUGUGCCCCUGGGACCCGCCCCCAGCCAGACGGCCGCGCAGAGGAUGGGUGCUGGCCGGCAGCUGCCCCGCGCCCCCUCGCUCCGCCUCAGGGCCCUGGAGAAGGCGCUGAGGAAGACCCUGCUGAAGCCUCCUGGUGCUGCCACCCGAAAGCCGUCCACCUCGGGCGCUGCUCCGGCCACUGCGGGCCAAGCCGCCCGCCGCAGUCUGUCGUGGUCCUCACGGGCGCCACAGACGGGGGGUGCCCGCAGGCGCGAGUCCUCCCUGGGCCCCAGGCCGGGGGUGUCGUCCGCGCUGGCCGAGCCCUUCAAGGUGCCCAGGAGCCCUGCGGGCGAGCCCCCCGGCACCGUGACCCCCCAGUUCCCUCGCACUCAGAGGCCACAGCCGCACACCCCGGCCGGGAGGACACCCCUCCACAGCACCCCUGCCCCAAGCAGUGCCAUCAGCCAGGCCGGGACCCCGUCGGCCACCAGGCGCCUGUCGUCCCUGCCCACGCCUGCCGGCCGCCGGCUCUCCAGCCUGCCCAGGGCCACCCCCAGGACCACGUUCAGGGCCCCCGGCUCACCCCCCUGUGCCUCUGAGACUCCUGGAAGAGGCCCCCUGAGGACCUCCUCGGCCUGCGUGAGCAACAGCCAAGCUGCGUCCAGCGGCCGUGACUCGUCCCCCGACGGGAGCAGCUCCCCGCCAGCCACCGUGCCCCAGGCUCUUUGCUUCUCCCCGGAGCACAGCGAGGGCACCAAGAGCCCCUCCGCGGGACGGGGCCCAGAGGCUCUCCCCGCAGCCGUCGCCCCCCAAGCCGCCAGCGCCCCCCUGGUGGAGGUGGACGCGCCCCUCAUCGACUUCUGCAGCAGCCCCCUGGCCAGCGCCGCCCCGGGGGGCCCGAGCCGGCCCCUCAUCGACCUCCUGGUCAACACGCCCGAUUGGGCCCGCGGCAGCACGCCCAAGGCCAGGCCCGACCUCGAGGCUGUGCAGCUGAUCGACCUGGCCUCGCCCCUGAUCCAGCUGAGCCCUGCCGCGGACAAGGAGAACGUGGCCUCGCCCCUCCUCAAGCUCUGA